AUGGCCAACCUUCCCCCCCCCAUGUCCGAUGGUAUUGGCAUCGCCAACCUCCCCAACCAGCGGCACAAAAUCGUCGCCAAACAUGGGGCACAUUUCACCAUUAUGGUCGUUGGCGAGUCCGGUCUCGGGAAGACCACUCUCGUCAACACACUCUUCUCGACCGAACUCUCUCCGGCCAAGAGCUACACCCGCCGUCACCACAAGCAGCUCGACAAACUGACCGAGGUCGAGAUCAUCAAGGCUGAGCUCGAAGAGAAGCAGUUCAAGACCAAGCUUACCGUCAUCGACACCCCGGGCUUCGGCGACUACGUCAACAACCGCGACUCUUGGGCCCCCAUCGUCGACUUCAUUGACGACCAGCACGAAGCGUACAUGCGCCAGGAGCAGCAGCCCGAGCGCAAGGAAAAGAUCGACCUCCGUGUCCAUGCCUGCCUCUACUUCAUCAGGCCGACCGGUCAUACCUUGAAGCCGCUCGACAUUGAGAUCAUGAAGCGUCUGGGCACCCGCGUCAACCUCAUUCCUGUCGUCGCCAAGGCCGACACGCUCACCCAGAACGACCUCUACACCUUCAAGCAGCGCAUCCGGGAGGUCAUCCAAGCGCAAGGUAUCCGCAUCUACCAGCCUCCCAUUGAGCCCGACGACGAGGCGGGUGCCGAGCAUGCGCGUAUCCUCUCAGAGGCUAUCCCCUUCUCCAUCAUCGGCUCGACGGAGGACGUCACUACCCCCGACGGCCGCGUCGUCAAGGGCCGCGAGUACCUCUGGGGUGUCGCCGAAGUCGAGAACGAGAACCACUGCGACUUCCGCAAGCUACGCUCGCUGCUCAUCCGCACGCACAUGCUGGACCUCAUUUCGACGACGGAGGACCUGCAUUACGAGAACUACCGCCAGGCGCAGAUGGAGACGCGCAAGUUCGGCGAGCAGAAGCCGCGCAAGUUCGAGAACCCCAAGUUCAAGGAGGAGGAGGAGCAGCUCCGCAAGCGCUUCACCGAGCAAGUCAAAGCCGAGGAGUCCCGCUUCAGGCAGUGGGAGCAACACCUCAUCCAAGAGCGCGACCGUCUCAACAAGGACCUCGAGCUCGCCCACAGCGCUAUCAAGCAGCUCGAAGCCGAGCUCGACAAUCUUCAGGUUGGCUACGGCCGUGGCACCAACAGGCGGUAA